AAAAUGUUUUCAGCUCCUGGAGGCGAAGGGUGCAGAGUCGCUCUGUGUCCGUGAGGCCGGGCGGCGACCUCGCUCAGUAGGCUUCUCGGUCCGAUUCCCCGGGUAUGAGGAAAGACCACAGGGGGGUUCUCGCGGAAAAGCGGGACCCGGACCCUGCGCGGGCUGGCUGGGGCGGGCGGAUGACGAGGCGCAGGGACAUGGGUGGGUCUGCGAGGCGGAGGGUCAGGGCGUCUCAGGCUCCGGGGCUCCCUCGCUGGCGGCGGCACAGGGAUGGCGCGCCCGGGGGUCUGGAUGCUGGUAGCCGGCUUCCUGCUGGCGCUGCCGCCGGGCUGGGCCGCGGGCGCCCCGAGGGCGGGCAGGCGCCCGGCGCGGCCGCGGGGCUGCGCGGACCGGCCGGAAGAGCUACUGGAGCAGCUGUACGGGCGCCUGGCGGCCGGCGUGCUCAGCGCCUUCCACCACACGCUGCAGCUGGGGCCGCGUGAGCAGGCGCGCAACGCGAGCUGCCCGGCAGGGGGCAGGCCCGCCGACCGCCGCUUCCGGCCGCCCACCAACCUGCGCAGCGUAUCGCCCUGGGCCUACAGAAUCUCCUACGACCCGGCAAGGUACCCCAGGUACCUGCCUGAAGCCUACUGCCUGUGCCGGGGCUGCCUGACCGGGCUGUUCGGCGAGGAGGACGUGCGCUUCCGCAGCGCCCCUGUCUACAUGCCCACCGUCGUCCUGCGCCGCACCCCCGCCUGCGCCGGCGGCCGCUCCGUCUACACCGAGGCCUACGUCACCAUCCCCGUGGGCUGCACCUGCGUCCCCGAGCCGGAGAAGGACGCAGACAGCAUCAACUCCAGCAUCGACAAACAGGGCGCCAAGCUCCUGCUGGGCCCCAACGACGCGCCCGCUGGCCCCUGAGGCGGGUCCUGCCCCGGGAGGUCUCCCCGGCCCGCGUACCGAGGCGCCUAAGCUGGAGCCGCCUGGUGGGCUCGGUCGGCGACCUCUGAAGAGAGCGCACCGAGCAAACCAAGGGCCGGAGCACCAGCGCCGCCUUUCCAUGGAGACUCGUAAGCAGCUUCAUCUGACACGGGCAUCCCUGGCUUGCUUUUAGCUACAAGCAAGCAGCGUGGCUGGAAGCUGAUGGGAAACGACCCGGCACGGGCAUCCUGUGUGCGGCCCGCAUGGAGGGUUUGGAAAAGUUCACGGAGGCUCCCCCAGAUCGGCUGCUGCGGGUGCAGGGCGUUACUCACCGCUGGGUGCU